AUGCGCAAGGUGCAUACAGAUGAAGAUGACAGUGUCAUGCACGCUGCUAUAGUUCACGAGCAAACCCAUUGCACGAUACACGUGCUCUCGGUGAACGUUGUAUUGCUCUGCAACAGCCACGGCAUUUCGGUUUAUAAGUCAUCGGGUCUAGUCGGCAGAACGCAAUCGUCCGUGUUGGACAUCGUGUCCAGCGAGACCGUCUGGUCGACAACCUUCGACUCCUGGUCAUCAGGACAACUCAGCGGUAGUCCUGCGAUAUGGGAUAAACUGUACGGUGGUCACCAGGGCCCUUUGAUGAUCUUGGGACCGGGUGUCAUGCAUAUAGUUCAGCCUUCGCGAGACCUCAGGCAUUACAGCCUGCGGUCCUUCCGGGUGCCUCAGGUUGUAGCGCAGGCUCCCGCUGUCGGCACCCGAUUCGCUCUUUGUGUGCAGACCGAGGAAGGUCGCGGGUUGGUGUUCAAGACCUGCACUUUCCCUCGGGUCCUGCAGGAAUACGAUGAGAUUCUUGAAGCCGAGGCUUUACAGGUCUCUCCGGAGGAGGUCAGACUCGGCAGUUUCGUGAUUGAUGAAGUCAAGGACAUGUCUCCUGUCUUGACUCGCUUAGAUGAAUGGACCGGGUGCGCUUGUGUAUUGCUCGAAGACGAUAGGGGUCAGAAGCGCCUUGUGAUAGUUGACGUUGUCUGA